AUCUGCUCCCAGAGCUUCUCCGGGACUCCUGCUCCAGGUCCUGAGAGCAGCCCCAGUAGCUGAUGCCAGGCUGCAGGUGCGGGGGAAGCGGUGCCCGCUGCUGUGUGUGCAGCCUAGAGGAGGGCUCCCAGCACUCAGGGGAGCCGGAGGGGAGAGGUCUCCUCCUCGCCCCGCAGCCUUAUGCUCUGCCCUGCCAGCCAUGACUCUGAGCUCUGACAUGUCCGAUGCCUCUGCCCUGGCGGAUGAGACCGACAUAGAUGUGGUGGGAGAGGGGGAGGACGAGGAGCCCCGGGGGUGCCACCACUAUGCCGGGGAGGAGGAGGAGGGGGUGGCAGAGGACAGCUCGAUGCCCGGCUCCCCGCAGUGCUCGCCCACCAAAGACCCCUACAAGCCGGCCAGCAAGAGCGCCCUGGUGAAGCCUCCAUACUCGUACAUCGCCUUAAUCACCAUGGCCAUCCUGCAGAGCCCCAAGAAGCGCCUGACCCUCAGCGAGAUCUGCGAGUUCAUCAGCCAGCGCUUCCCCUACUACCGGGAGAAGUUCCCGGCCUGGCAGAACUCCAUCCGCCACAACCUCUCCCUCAAUGACUGCUUCGUCAAGAUCCCCCGGGAGCCCGGGAACCCGGGCAAGGGCAACUACUGGACCCUGGACCCGGAGUCCGCCGACAUGUUCGACAACGGCAGCUUUCUGCGCAGGAGGAAGCGCUUCAAGAGGCAGCAGAGCCCGGAGCUGCUGCUCAGGGACCCCGGGCACUUUAUCCCAGCAGCAGCCUAUGGCUACGGACCGUACAACUGCGGCUAUGGCAUCCAGCUGCAACCCUUCCACCCGCACUCUGCCCUGAUUGCCUUCCAGUCCCAGCACAGGCAGCCAACCGGUGCCCCUGCAAUGCCAGCCCCAUCCCUCAUGCCACCUGCCAGCGAUCUACCCAGGACCUGCACCUUCUAUCCUCACCAGCUCAGCCCGGCACUGCCAGCCCCCAUGCAUGCUGCCAAGCCCAGCUCAGCCCUCCACCCUUCUACCUUUUCCAUAGAGAGUAUUAUUGGUGGGGACAUGGGCCCCGGGCAGUGCCAUGCUUCCAAAGCCUCUGGGGUGCCAGUCAUCUCCAGGGCCCUGGUGACUUUUUCCGGUUCCCCUGCUGCAGCCUUAGGUGGGGCCCUGCAGCCUGGAUCAGUGCUUGCCAAUGGAGAACCUUUUACCGCUAGGAUUGCUAAUUCAUAAAUCAGGCAUGUACUGAGAAGGUAGGAUGCUGUCUGGGGCUUAUGCAUUGUCUUUGCCUUUAUAUGCAAUGGGUUUACCAAGAGAGGCUGCAGCCAGCCACCCUUCCAGCCUAAUGUACUGUAUUGUUAUUUAUACCACCUCUUGGUGACCUAGCACAUGCGAACAGCCAUCACAGUAGCAUGGUACUCUAUACAUCUACUCAUAAACACCCGUUUGUGAGGCUCUCAGGUCUGGCGGGUCAUAGAAGUCCCCUAGGAAAAAGCAAUACCUUGUAGUGCACCAUUAAUAAGUGCUGAAUGAUUUACAUGUUUACACAGAGACAUCUGACAAUUUUUCCAUUAUUUUUUAUUUUAACCUGUGUUUUGUAUUAUAAAAGACUG